UGUCGAUAGAUCCAGCCUGGCUUUCCUUAAUAGAGAAAUCGAUUCUACUUAGCUCAGCUGCUCCUCUUCCCCAUCUUCCCCAUUGUGAUCACUGCUUUGAUACUGCAUCGCAAGCCUGGACGCUGAGCCUCAAUAAUCCUAGUUAGCUCGUAAAUACAUACUGCACACAUCUCCCUUACAACAAUGUCUCUUCACGAGCCGAUCAAGCUCCUGCCGCUCGGCGCAAUCAUCCAGUCCUUCAAGGUUGGUGACGUCGACAUUGUCCAGGGUUUCCCCACUCAGGAGCUCUACGAGAAGCACAACAGCCCUUACUUUGGCGAGACCAUUGGCCGCGUCGCGAACCGCACCAAGGAUGCCAAGAUCAACUCGCUAAACGGCGGCAAGAGCUACACCCUCACGGCCAACGACGGACCGAACAACCUGCAUGGAGGCGUUGUCGGUUGGGGUAAGCGCGUCUGGGAAGGGCCAAAAGCUGUCGGCAUUCGCGACAUUCCCGGUAUCGAGGGGCUGGUCGGCGGCGAGUCCGUCGAGUUCUCGUUGACCAGCGAGGACGGCGAUGAAGGAUUCCCAGGCACCGUCAAGGCCAAGACGAUCUACACGGCAGGCGAGCAGACAGUCGAUGGCAAGAAGGUGACUGUUUUGGGCAUCGAGUACAUUGCCGAGCUGGUCGGAGAUGCCGAAGAAACACCCAUUAACAUGACCAACCACUCAUACUUCAACUUGACAGGCGGCCCCUCCAUCGCCGGCACAGUGGUUGAAAUCGCGACCAACGCAUACCUCCCAGUCGAUGACGGCGGCAUCCCUACAGGCGGCGUUGGCGCAUUCUCCAAGUUCGAGGGAAACAAGCCCUUCACUCUCGGCCCCCAGGAGCCUUGCAUUGACGACUGCUUCAUCGCCAACGACAAGCCAGAGUCCGUCCCUAUUGACACCUCAUCGUUGCCCCUGAGCCGCCACGUUGCCGCGCACCAUCCAGACUCGGGUAUUCACCUCGAAGUGUACAGCACUGAGCCUGCGUUCCAGUUCUACACUGGCAAGUACAUCGACGUGCCCGAGGUUGGUGGCGUGCCAGCCCGGAAGGCGCGGAGUGCAUUCUGCGUCGAGCCGAGCCGUUAUGUCAACGCUGUCAAUGUGGAUGAGUGGAAGAACAUGACAGUUUUGAAGAAGGGUCAGAAAUACGGUGCCCGUAUUGUCUAUCGCGCCUGGAAAGAGUAGGCUAGAGGGUAGCGUGGACUGCCCCUGGCUGGCCGGAGCACAAGCACGAUUGAAGCCUGUUGGCUAGUAAUACUUUACUUAGUCCUUGAUAGUCUUUUGUUCCUGAGCCCCGUAAUAUAGCAUGAUAGGUCAUUCGUAUUCAUCAUCUGGUAUCCCCUGU